UUCUCAGGGAGUAGCUUUGGUUGGACGGACUCGCUGACCCUUUCCUCCCGCUCUUUCAUCUCUUUCUUCCUCUCCUCUCUGAUUUGUGAUCCCCUCGCUUUCCGCAUCCUCUUCCUCCUUAGACUGUCAUCCGAUCUCAAGAUCGCCCACACUAGUCCCAAAAGAUCGAUUCAUAAGGGAGGUUUUUGAUUCAGUUUCUCCCAUCGGUGCGAUAUUCUUCUACAACAAAUUAGCUCUCGAGUGUCUAAUUGGAUUAAGGAUUGAAAGAUUGCAACUUUUGUGGAAGAUAAAGGGAGUAAAAGGGUUGUAAUUUGUGUUUUCUACAAGAGAUUCAAUGGGGAGGGUAAAACUAAAGAUAAAGAGAUUGGAAAAUAGCAGCAGUCGACAGGUCACCUAUUCAAAGAGGAAAGCGGGGAUAUUGAAGAAGGCGAAGGAGCUUUCCAUUUUGUGCGACAUCGACCUUCUUUUGAUUAUGUUUGCGCCUAAUGCAAAACCUACUAUAUGCAUUGGGGACCGUAGCAAUAUUGAGAAGGUUGUUGAAAGGUUUGCUCAAGUAUCACUGCAAGAAAGGACAAAAAGGAAAUUGGAGAGCCUUGAAGCUCUUAAGAAAACAUUCAAGAAAUUAGACCAUGAUGUCAAUAUCCAAGAAUUCCUUGGCUCAAGUGAAGAAUCAGUUGAGGAUUUAACAAAUCACUUGAGGUCCUUGCAUGGCCAAUUACUAGAAGUACAAAAAAGAUUAAGUUGUUGGGCUGAUCCAGAUAAGAUUAAUAAUCUCGACCAUAUUAGGGCUAUGGAACAGUCACUCAAGGAAUCUCUCAACCGAAUCCAAGUACACAAGGAAAAUUGUGGAAAACAACUUAUUUCUGUAGACUAUAAUGGCCAGUUCCAUAAGGACAUGCAUUUACCCAUGGGGCUAAGCUAUGCACAAGGAGCUUCAUCAGUGUCAUGGCUCCAUGACAAUGAUGGUCAACCACUAAUGAUUUCUCAAGAUGCUAAUUUGAUACCUCAUAGGGAUGUUGGAUGCUCAUCAGACACGGCUCUCCAAAAUUAUCCUGCUUACUUCAAUGCAGAUAAACAAACAAAGGCCGAUGAGCAAGUAACAGAUGAAUCCUUCCACAAUUUUAGCCCAAAUACUUGCUUAAGGCUACAACUAGGAGCACAGUUCUCCUACCAGACGUAUGGUCAGAAUUUGUUGAGUGAAAGGAUGUUCAAGCCCGAGAUGGAACAUAGUUUGCAGGAAAGCACUAUAGAUUAUCAAGUGCAUCAUUUCGAGACACCUGGUAUGGGCUAUGAUGCUAGCUUCCAUGACUGGGCAUCUACGUCUGGGAAUUGUGGUGUUGCAAUAUAUGAUGAAAGAUCAUACACCCAACAACAAUAACGGCUUGGAGUAUCAUUAUCUCAUUGUUUCUGUUACUACUAUUCCAAGAUUUCAUCCUCAAAAUCUUUACUCACCAUCUCUAUCUAAAAUAGACGAAGCUUUGGAUGACUCCAUCUCCUUCUCACAAAUCGAUCUGGGAAAGUAGUUGAUGAUACAAAAUGGAAACUAUACUGGCAUGUAUACCCCUUACUAGGAAAGUUAAAUAUCUCUUCUGUAAAAAUAAUCAUAUAAUUGCUAUUCCCUUAAAUUUUAAGUUCUUUCAGCCUCUAGAUCAGAAGGUUUGCUCCUCUUGUAAAUUUUCUUGUAUAAGUAUUUUGUAAAUUUACCCAU